AUGCAUAUAAGCAUAGAAGAACAAGCUCAUAGUCAACAGUUAAAAGGUAAUCAGGAUGAUCCAUGUAAAUUAAAAUCACGUGUUGUUAGUGAUGAAACCUAUUGUGACAGAUAUUGGGAAUGUGUUAAUAAUCAACCAGAAUUGUAUGAUUGUCCGAAUGGUUUAGUAUUUGCAGGAAAACAUCGGGGAGUAACAGAAGGUUGUGAUUAUCCAUGGCGUGCAAAUUAUUGCAAUGGCAAGCAGUUAGCAAAUGGUCCCAUUUCAACUGAACACUGUGACUGGCUUUAUGGAAUAUUUGGACAUGAAACAUCAUGUACUCGUUAUUGGACAUGUUGGAAUGGUACUGCAACUGAACAAUUAUGUAUUGGUGGUUUAUUAUAUAACGAAAAUGCUCAUAGUUGUGAUUGGCCUGAAAAUGUCGAUGGUUGCCAAAAACAUCCAUUAUGUAAUGACGAUGCAAAUGGAAAUGUUGCAUUAGGAAAAUCAUGCAAUAGAUAUUGGCAAUGUCAGGGUGGUUAUCCACGAUUACAAAGGUGUCCAGCUGGACUUGUUUUUGAUAAACAUUCUUUAAGAUGUGUUGUUCCACCAACUGAAGAUUGUGAAGUUCCAACAACUCAAGCACCUGUUGAAGAAGAAGCUGGUCCACCUAAUAACCAUAACUCUAAUCAAAAUAGAAAAAAUCAACAACAAUUACAAAAUUUAAAAGAUGAAGGAGAUUCAGAGAUUGAAAGUGCCCCACAAUUACCACUUCAAAGAAAGCAUCCACAUAGGCCAAGAAAUUAGAAAUAUAUGAAAAGUAAUAACUAGUUUUCAUAAUCAAUCAAUAAUGUUCUACGGAAAUUUUGCUGUUGAAAAGUGAAGUAACGGAAUUCAUUUUUAAUUUUUACAAUUUGGAUUUUAUUUUUUUCGAUAUUUUUUAUUCAUCAUUUUAUAAAAAUUCUUAUUUAUAAUUUUUCUAUUUAGAAUUUCAAGAAAAAAAAUCAAGUAAAUUAAUUAUAAAUUUUUAUAAAUAUUUUUUAGAAUUAAUUUUUUUUUAAUUUUGUUUUUGUAAUAAUACAUAUAUGUAAGUAUGUCACAAAUAAUGUCGUUGGAAAUUUGUACAAAUAAAUUUGUUUUUUGUACAUAUGUACAUACAUAAA